CUGAUUGAAGACGUGGCUCCGACGUUCCUCUACAACGGACCGGGGUGUUUAAAUUUAAACUGAGUAAGAAGAGGGGCUUUUUAGAUCAAUCUGACAUUUAAUGAGUAGCUAGCUAAUACUUUUAUAGUUUAAAGCAACAUUCAUUAUUUUCAUUGAUGCGUUUGGAUUAACGUUUUGGAAUGUCUGGGAAAAUCAAGAGCCGAAGCGCAGCAAAUGCCGACUCGUUAUCUGGAAGUGUGUCUUGCGAUGAGCGCAUUUUACGGGACUGUCAUCAGUUGUACAUCGAUGCCGACAGUGGUGAGUUAGAUAGCUAGCUAAUGUCUGAUCAAAUGAAGAGAUCAACCAAUUUGAACAGACAUUUGUAGUCUGAAUAUCAUUCAGCCUGUAUGUCUUGCUAGCUAUUUUUGGUAUGACUCAUUGAUUAUGACUAACGCGUUAGCUAGUAGCUAGCUAGCACCAACGGACGCUAACGUUACGUUAAAUGGGAAAUCCAUAGUUUAAGGUGUGCCAGAGUGAGUGAACGCGAUUUAGUGAUACUUUAAUUUCCUUAUGUUAUAAAAUACAUUUUACGAAGACAAAUCAGACGUUGGGACUAUAAGGUUCUAUCUUCACAAAGCAUAGUUCUGAGCAGGGCUGGCUCCAGGCAUAAGCAACAUAAGCGGUGGUUUAGAGCAGGGUUUCCAAAACUCGGUCCUGGGGCCCCUGCUGGGUGCACGUUUUGGUUCUUGCCCUAGAACUACACAGCUGAUUCAAAUAACCAACUCACCAUCAAGCUUUGAUUAUUUAAAUCAGCUGUGUAGUACUAGAGCAAAAAACCAAAUGUGCACCCGGGGGGAUGUUGUCCCAGGACCGAGUUUGGGAAACCCUGGCCCCCAAAUAUGUUUUUGUAUUUAUUAUUUUUCAAUCUGGGUUCAGCCAUAAGGUUAUAUCUGGCACAGAAUGUUAAAAUGAUUUCAAUUUUAAUAGAAAUGUACAUACGUUUAAUGGAUUAAAUAAUCACAUCAAAUAUAUUAAUUCAUGUUCAUCACACAUUUGUUAACAUUUACAUUUUAGUCAUUUAGCAGACGCUCUUAUCCAGAGCGACUUACAGGAGCAAUUAGGGUUAAGUGCCUUGCUCAAGGGCACAUUUACGUCAUUUAGCAGACGCUCUUAUCCAGAGCGACUACAAAUUGGUGCAUUCACCCUAUAGCCAGUGGGAUAACCACUUUACAAUUAUACUUUUUUUUUUUUGGGGGGGGGGGGGGGGGGGGGGGUAGAAGGAUUACUUUAUCCUAUCCCAGGUGUUCCUUAAAGAGGUGGGGUUUCAAAUGUCUCCGGAAGGUGGUGAGUGACUCCGCUGUCCUGGCGUCGUGAGGGAGCUUGUUCCACCAUUGGGGUGCCAGAGCAGCGAACAGCUUUGACUGGGCUGAGCGGGAACUAUGCUUCCGCAGAGGAAGGGGAGCCAGCAGGCCAGAGGUGGAUGAACGCAAUGCCCUCGCCUGGGUGUAGGGACUGAUCAGAGCCUGAAGGUACGGAGGUGCCGUUCCCCUCACUGCUCCAUAGGCAAGCACCAUGGUCUUGUAACGGAUGCGAGCUUCAACUGGAAGCCAGUGGAGUGUGCGGAGGAGGGGGGUGAGGUGAGAGAACUUGGGAAGGUUGAACACCAGACGGGCUGCGGCAUUCUGGAUGAGUUGUAGGGGUUUAAUGGCACAGGCAGGGAGCCCAGCCAACAGCGAGUUGCAGUAAUCCAGACGGGAGAUGACAAGUGCCUGGAUUAGGACCUGUGCCGCUUCCUGUGUAAGGCAGGGUCGUACUCUCCGAAUGUUGUAGAGCAUGAACCUGCAGGAUCGGGUCACCGCCUUGAUGUUGGCGGAGAACGACAGGGUGUUGUCCAGGGUCACGCCAAGGCUCUUCGCACUCUGGGAGGAGGACACAACGGAGUUGUCAACCGUGAUGGCGAGAUCAUGGAACGGGCAGUCCUUCCCCGGGAGGAAGAGCAGCUCCGUCUUGCCAGGGUUCAGCUUGAGGUGGUGAUCCGUCAUCCAUACUGAUAUGUCGGCCAGACAUGCAGAGAUGCGAUUCGCCACCUGGUUAUCAGAAGGGGGAAAGGAGAAGAUUAGUUGUGUAUCGUCAGCGUAGCAAUGAUAGGAGAGGCCAUGUGAGGAUAUGACAGAGCCAAGUGACUUGGUGUAUAGGGAGAAAAGGAGAGGGCCUAGAACUGAGCCCUGGGGGACACCAGUGGUGAGAGCACGUGGUGCGGAGACAGCUUCUCGCCACGCCACUUGGUAGAAGCGAUAGUUCCCUAAAAUGACAAAAACACUAUAUCCUAUGGAUAAGAGCAAAUUUAUGCUUGAGACGAAAAUGUGGUCGGAGGCGCUGUAUGGAAAGCCAUAUCUCAGACUGGCCAAUAAAAAUAAAAGAUUAAGAUUGGCAGUCUGAGAUAUGGCUUUUUCUUUGCAACUCUGCCUAGGUCAGCAUCGCGGAGUCGCCUCUUCACUGUUGACGUUGAGACUGGUGUUUUGCAGUUACUAUUUAAUGAAGCUGCCAGUUGAGGACCUGUGAGGCGCCUGUUUCUCAAAGUUGACACUCUAAUGUAUUUGUCCUGUUGCUCAAUUGUGCACCAGGGCCUCCCACUCCUCUUUCUAUUCUGGUUAGAGCCAGUUUGCGCUGUUCUGUGAAGGGAGUAGUACACAGCGUUGUACGAGAUCUUCAGUUUCUUGGCAAUUGCUCGCAUGGAAUAGCCUUCAUUUCUCAGAACAAGAAUAGACUGAUGAGUUUCAGAAGAAAGUAAUUUCUUUCUGGCCAUUUUGAGCCUGUAAUCGAACCAACAAUUGCUGAUGCUCCAGAUACUCAACUAGUCUCAAGAAGGCCAGUUUUAUUGCUUCUUUAAUCAGCACAACAGUUUUCAGCUGUGCUAGCAUAAUUGCAAAAGGGUUUUCUAAUGAUCAAUUAGUCUUUUAAAAUGAUAAACCUGGAUUAGCAAACACAACGUGCCAUUAGAACACAGGACUGAUGGUUGCUGAUAAUGGGCCUAUGUAGAUAUUCCAUUAAAAAUCAGCCGUUUCCAGCUACAAUAGCCAUUUCCAACAUUAACAAUGUCUACACUGUAUUUCUGAUCAAUUUUAUGUUAUUUUAAUGGACAAAAAAAUUGCUUUUCUUUAGAAAACAAGGACAUUUUUAAGUGACCCCAAACUUUUGAACGGUAGUGUGUGUGUGUAUGUAUGUAUGUGUAUAUAUACCUCGCAUGCCACUCGUAAUAAGACUAAGCAAUUAGCCCAUUAAAUUAAUGAUCUUUAUCAGACUCCAUAGGAUAAAUAGGAAUAUGCAAGGAGACUUGAGUGACAGUUAUAGGCAAUGAUGAAAUGUCUGGGAAUAGAAUUCUAAAUAAAAAUGUAUUUAAUUACUUUGUGAAACAAAUGGAUUCACAUACAAGGCAUAAAGCUUAAGUUACAAGGCAUUAACAAGCAUUACAAGGCGUUAUUCUAAGCAUGGUCAGAUAGAGAGGAAUCAUAUCCUGAAAGGCCAUGUCCCAAAAGUCCAUGGGGUGGAGCGAGAAAGAAUGAAAUAAAGUAUCUCAUCACAGCAGGUCAGGAACAAAUAAGAGAAAGAACAAUUCAUCUUAGACCCUUUCAUAAGAAUCUGAGUUGUUUGGAUUCAAAACCUAUGUUUUUGACCAAUUGUAUUACUGUAAAGUUAACCUCCAAUCAGAUACACUACAUUACCAAAAGUAUGCGGACACCUGCUCAUCGAACAUCUCACUCCAAAAUCAUGGGCGUUAAUAUGGAGUUGGUCCCCCCUUUGCUGCUAUAACAGCCUCCUCUCUUUUGGGAAGGCUUUCCACUAGAUGUUGGAACAUUGCUGCGGGGACUUGCUUCCAUUAAAUCACGAGCAUUAGUGAGGUCAGGCACUGAUUUUGGGCGAUUAGGCCUGGCUCGCAGUCAGCCUUCCAAUUCAAAAUGAAGAUUUCCCUUCAAUGGAACUGGGGCCUAGCCCGAACCAUGAAAAAACAGCCCCUGACCAUUAUUCCUCCUCCACCAAACUUUACAGUUGGCACUAUGCAUUCAGGCAGGUAGCGUCGUUCUCCUGGCAUCCGCCAAACCCAGGUUAUUAAAAACUAUUACAAUAACAAUACAGACAAACAAUGAGCAGGGAGCACAUGCAGAACAACAUAGGACAAGCAACACGUAGCAUGCAGACAGAGCAACCGCACAAAAAGCAACAACACAAAAUCCAUAAAAGCAACAGUGUUUCCACACCUCACAAGCCACAGAUAACAUGGAGAGCAGCAAUACACAGCUAAGGAUUAUUGAAAGUCACUGAGCUCUUCAGUAAGGCCAUUCUACUGCCAAUGUUUGUCUAUGGAGAUUGCAUGGCCGUGUGCUCGAUUCUAUACACCUGUGAGCAACGGGUGUGGCUGAAAUAGCUGAAUCCACUAAUUUGACGGGGUGUCCACAUACUUUUGUAAACAUUUCGCUACACCCGCAAUAACUCUUGGGCUCCCGAGUGGCGCAGCGGUCUAAGGCACUGCAUCUCAGUGCUUGAGGCGUCACUACAGACCCCCUGGUUCGAUUCCAGGCUGUAUCACAACCGGCCGUGAUUGGGAGUCCCAUAUGGCGGCGCACAAUUGGCCCAGCGUCGUCCGGUUUGGCCGGUUUGGCCGUCAUUGUAAAUAACAAUUUGUUCUUAACUGACUUGCCUAGUUAAAUAAAGGUUAAAUAUAUAUAUUUAAUAACAUCUGCUAAAUAAAUUAUGUGUAUGUGACCAAUAAAAUUUGAUUUGAUAGUGUAUCAGACCUACAUGAUGUAACCUCUGCUUCUCAGAGAAUGCUGAAUUCUUAAAAUUCUUGUAUACAGUUGAUAAGAGUCACUUUUGAACAGAUUAUGAUAGAGACAUGAGGUUUGGACCAUUGAUUUUCUUAGAUGAUUAUCUACACAAUUAACAAAUUAUUUUACUAAUUGGUCAAAAUAUGCUUUUUUGGGGGGUACACGCUACUUAGUUGCUUAUCUUGAAGAAUAUAACGUAUAAAUGCCUGAGCUUAGUUCAACAGUCGAACCCCAUCAGAACCCUUGCAUCCAUAGCAUAGUCUAUGGAUUUGAAUUGGUUGUAUUUCUCCAGCCACGUUCCUCAGCUUUUUACUGAAACUGUGGUGGGGAGGACACUUUGUUAAUAUUUCAAUUAAGGAUUUCCACUUUAACGUAACUACCGGCAGGAGUUGUUAGCAAUAAUUAGCUAGAUUAGUUAGCUAGCUAUAGCUUAGUGGCUAAUACUAGUAAACUAACAAAGUUGAUCAAUCGGCAUUAUACGAAACUCAUCAAAUCGACGAGCAAGUUUACAGCUACUAUUUAUAUCAUAGCUAGCGAGCAAGUUUACAGCUAGUAUUUAUGUCAUAGCUAGCUAGCCAAUGUUAGCUUAUCUAACGUUAACUAAUUGUCCUGAUCACAUCUCUCAUCUCCAAUCUCUAUUCUAGGCCUGGUAGCAGUGGCUCAGUCAGUUGGUGUGACUCUGCUGGCACCCAGGAAAAAGAUCACAGUCAUGUUGAUGGGCAACCACUCUGCCGGCAAGAGCUCCUUCAUCAAUUGGUAAUGUUCAAUCAAAUCAUGGUUACCAUUGACAACUCCAGAAGGGAUGGAGAGAAGGAUACACUUUGAAAAGUAUUCCAUCAGGAACUGGGACUUUUCCCUACACUGAUGCUUACUGUCCCCUAUGUUUCCUUUUGCUUCAAAGUCAUUGUAAUUAUGUCCCAUGGUCUAUUUGUUAAUGUGUUUGUGUGGACGUGUUUAACUAUUCUUGUGGGGACCAGAAGUCCCCACAAGAAUAGUAAACAAUCAAACAUUUUACCAACUGGGAACAUUUUGUUAGUCCCCAUGAGGUCAAAUGAUAUUUCUAGGGGGUGUAGGGUUAAGGUUAGAAUUAGUGUUUAGAGUUAGGGUUAGGUUUAGGGUUGGGGUUAAGGUUAGGUUUUUGGGUUAGGGUAAGAGUACGGGUUAGGGAAAAUAGGAUUUUGAAUGGGACUUAAUUGUGUGUCCCCACAAGGUUAGCUGUACAAUACUGUGUGUGUGUGUGUGUGUGUGUGUGUGUGUGUGUGUGUGGACAUACACAUAGUAUAACGCGAAUGCCAGAGGGAGCGCUUGUUAAUGAUGUCUGCUGUAACUUUGUCUCAGGUAUGUGGAGGAGCACAUCCAGCGUACAGGAGUGGCCAUUGAGACUCAAGGCUUCAGCUUUGUCACUAGUGGGCGCAAGAGAGAGUCUCUCACAGUGAGUACUGCUGGUACAGUUCUGAAUGAAUUUCCUCUACAGUUUGCUCCUCAAUUCAUGCACUUUGGUUGAGGUACUUUAUCUUUUCACUGAGCAAGUGCUCACAGUGUAUGGUGGAUAUUUGUUUUUCUCGCAGAAUGUAAACUUUGUUUUGUUUCUUGCUGUAUUUUAGGGAAAUGCCACGCUGCAUCUUUACCCACACUUCAGACCUCUACACGAGAUCAAGGGUGAGAUUUCAGAGUUGAUUCAACCUCAUUAGUCUGCGUCAUAGUAGGACUCAGGAAACACCUCCCUCCCCUGUAAUCUAGGAUGUGAUGGAACUACAAUGGUGAUGGCAGCAUGACUGACAACCCAUUCUAAACAUUAGUCAGCACUUUGAGUGAAAUGCAUGAAAAUACCAUUCAAGUAAAGGUCUCUUUCUCUCCCUGUCUGUAGGUGUGUCUGAGUACCUUGGCACUGAGAUCUGCACGUCGCGGCAGAAGCGCUUCAGCCUGGUGACGUUUGUGGACUCUCCUGGCUUGGUGGACGGGGACAUGAAGUACCCCUUCGAUGUGGACCAAGCCAUCAUGUGGCUGGGUAGGUCACCACAAUAUGGUGGUGUGUGAGGUGUAGGGUGUGUAAUUUUGUGAAUGUACUUCUGACUUUACCGUAUGCUUUCUUAUUCAUCUAUGUGUAAAGAUGGCUACAGGAUUUCAUGUUUUAGCAUUUGUUUAUCUAUCUGGCUAAUUGAACAGAACAUAACAGGCUCGUCUCUGUCCCCUCCCAGGCGAGCUGUGUGACCUCAUCAUGGUGUUCUUUGACCCAAUGGGCCAGGCGCUAUGCAAGCGUACUCUCAACAUCGUCGAGAAGCUCAACGAGAAGCACGGCGACCGCCUGCGCUUCUACCUCAGCAAGGCCGACGAGGCCGGGGGAGAGUCGGACAGACAGGUACACAUACGUACUGUAGUGGGACAUUUUAAGAUGAAUAAAGUGCUUUAACGCAAUCUAUUAUACUUUUCCUUUUCUGUAAUACACAUGAUUCUGUUUGUGAAAGGUCUUUGGUCACUGGACUUGGAGGCCAGACGUGAAGGUUAUGGACAGUUCUCCUAUCUGUUGAUAGUGUUGGCGCCAGUCUAAAAGUGCCAGUUCCGAGGACACACUGGUUGUUAUUGUAUUCUGUGAGACUGUGUGGUUCACUGCCUUGUGUUGAGUCUUUUAUGUGUUUAGGGAACAUGUGUGUUUAGGAUAUAAGGGCCUGCUCAGGGAAGGCUCGGGAGACAUUUUCUCUGCUUUGCUGGAGGUUUCUCCCUCUUGCAACUUGUACUAAACCAGAGAUUUUUUUUAUAGACUUUAUCAACGACCGCUUUUGUGUUUUUUUUACCUGGAAAUCCCCUAUUACACACGCCUUAUACAUAUCUACAGUAUGAGCAGGGUUGAUGAGGGUCUGGGAGGGAGUUGGCCAGUUUAUGAUAUACUCUAACAGCUCGCUGCUUGAAUUUUCUGAUUAGCUGAUGUCAUCAACUAUCUCCCUGUCAUGUGAUUGGCUGUUUCAGAGGGUGAUGAUGCAGAUAGUGCAGGAACUGUGCAAGCGGCCGGGACUCAACAAGUGUGGCUUCGACAUGCCUACCAUCUAUGUCCCCAACCCCAACAAGGUAGCUACCGCACCCACCUUUUUGUACACUGCACCUGAAAGUCGCUGGAUGUGCCAACCUGGGCCAUCUUGGACUAUACUAGCUAAAUAAAUAAAAUGUAUGUAUACUAUGUACGUGUGUUUUGAACUUCACUUCCACCUGCUUGUCCCCACCCUAGCCCAGUCGCUGUGUGAACCAGAUUGAGGAGGCAUGUCGCACCAUCGAGAAGACCAUCAACCAGACGGUCCAGAACACACUCAACUCACUAGAGAAGGACUGUGAGCUCAUCACUGAGGCCAUUGCAGAUACACUCAGCCAAGACAGGUAAAACACGCAUGCAUACUUUGUGCUUGACACCUACUCAUUCUCAACUUGCUGAAAAAAUAUUAUAUUUUAGAUGACACACACAAGCACACACACAUCACUGAUCUUCUCUCCUUUCCAACACAACAAUAUCCCCCCUCUCUCUCUCUCUCUCUCUCUCUCUCUCUCUCUCUCUCUCUCUCUCUCUCUCUCUCUCUCUCUCUCUCUCUCUCUCUCUCUCUCUCUCUCUCUCUCUCUCUCUCUCUCUCUCUCUCUGUGUCUCUCAGGCAGACCAGUGUAGAUAACCGGCGGGCGCGCUGUAAGGGCUGUGUGUUGGCUCUGCUGGGCUUCAGUGUGCCCUUCAUGCUGAUGGCAGCCCUGGUGCUGGGCAGCCUCUCCAGAGAGCUGCUAGAGAUGGCCCUGGGGGAUGACGGCUUCGAGGCCCUCUCUCUCUACCUGGUCAGUGUAUUUGUAAGAGAGAGACAGAGUGAAGGGGUGGUGGGUGUUAGUCUGACCGUGUGUGUGUGUGAGACGGAGUGGGGGAAGUUUUUUUGUGUAUGUGUGACUCUCUGCCCUCUGUCCCCCCACAGACUCCUGUAGUGAGAGUGUUUGAGUCCAUGUCCGUGGAGUAUCAGCUCUACUGUUGUGGCGGACUCAUCCUCCUCUCCUUCAUACUCCUCAUCCUCGCCCGCUUCUCCUUCAGGUAAGAUCUGAGCACACUCCCAACCUGCGGCAUCUUGUUCAACUUCAAGGGCCACCAGUUAUCAAUGGAACUAUGCCUAAAGUCUCUCACUUCUCUCCGCAGGACUCAGCCCACUCUCUCUGGCCGACAGAAGAGGCAGCUACAGGAAAAGCUGGAUUAUGUGCAGGAGGUGGUGAAGUCCAAGAAGGUAGUGUGUGUGUGUGUGCGUGUGAGCAUGCAGUGGUGUGUGUGCUUGACCACUAACUGUGCGUAUCUCUCCCUUCCUGUAGAAGAAGCUCUAUGAGGAAUACCUUCGCCAGAGUGUGGGCGAUCAAGAUAUGGACUGA